CGUCCAUCCAUCCAUCCAUCCGAGCGGCCGUCCGUCCAUCCCUCCAUCCCUGUGUCCGUCCCGCCCCGCGGGGACCGGGGCAUCGCCGCUCCAGGCAGUGAAGGGCCAAGAGGAGCAGAGCUUCCCUUAGAGGCACAAAUCACCGGAGAGAUCGGCUUCUGCCCAUCCCGGCAGCUCCUGGCCUGCCCAUGGCUAGCAACAACACUGCUAGCAUAGCACAAGCCCGCAAGCUGGUGGAGCAGCUGAAGAUGGAGGCCAACAUCGACAGGAUAAAGGUGUCCAAAGCAGCAGCAGACCUGAUGGCGUACUGUGAAGCCCACGCCAAGGAGGAUCCCCUAUUGACCCCCGUCCCGGCCUCAGAAAACCCCUUUAGAGAGAAGAAGUUCUUCUGUGUGAUCCUGUAAACCCUGGAGGAGCCUGACGGGCACUCAGGCCACCCUGAACACUGAUGUAGAGUUUUUAGGAAUGGGGACGACCUGCUGGUCCGCAGAAUUUAAACAAAAAUAAGUUUAAAAAAAAAAACAAAACACGGCCUGGAAGCUACAGAGAUGUGCAUGUUUAAAGAACCUGGCCACCUUUGGGGGAAUCUGAUGAUCUGCAUUGCGAGGCAAAAGAUCUGAAGUCUGUAGAGUUGCCUAGAAAGAGAAAAACAAAACAAAACAAAAAAAAAUAACCCAUGUAAAGAAUAAACCCGUGUCACUUUUCUGCUCACAAAA